UAAACAGAUCGUAGGGCUGUGAUGAUGAAAGGCUGUCAACGACAGGUCACUCUAUCUUUCCUCGUGGUCUGAAUGAUUCCCCUUUUUUUCUCCAUAUACUCUCAUCUCACCUUCACUUUAUCUUCCAUUUUCAAACCUUCAAAGAUCCAGAGAGAACUAAAGCCUAGGGUUCAACUAACCGGCAGUUAUCUUCUCCGAGAUCGGCUGCUGCUCGUGUUAAUCCUCAUCGUCUUCUGUUCAGAUCUGGUUCUAAUACUGUUAAUAUAAAAUGGCCGAUGCUGAGGAUAUCCAGCCCCUUGUUUGUGACAAUGGAACAGGAAUGGUGAAGGCAGGGUUUGCCGGUGAUGAUGCUCCAAGGGCGGUCUUUCCAAGUAUUGUUGGUAGACCAAGACAUACUGGUGUUAUGGUUGGUAUGGGACAAAAAGAUGCUUAUGUCGGAGAUGAAGCACAAUCAAAGAGAGGUAUUCUUACCUUGAAGUAUCCUAUUGAACACGGUAUUGUCAGCAACUGGGAUGACAUGGAAAAGAUUUGGCAUCACACUUUCUACAACGAGCUUCGUGUUGCUCCAGAAGAGCAUCCCGUUCUUCUUACUGAGGCACCUUUGAACCCUAAGGCUAACAGGGAAAAGAUGACUCAGAUUAUGUUUGAAACCUUCAAUGUUCCCGCCAUGUAUGUCGCCAUCCAGGCCGUGCUUUCUCUUUAUGCCAGUGGUCGUACCACAGGUAUUGUGCUGGAUUCUGGAGAUGGUGUGUCACAUACAGUUCCAAUUUAUGAAGGUUAUGCACUUCCUCAUGCUAUCCUUCGUCUCGAUCUUGCUGGGCGUGACCUCACGGAUUCCCUUAUGAAAAUCUUGACUGAAAGAGGUUACAUGUUCACCACCACUGCCGAACGGGAAAUUGUCCGUGACAUGAAAGAAAAGCUUGCAUAUGUUGCUCUUGACUACGAGCAAGAGCUCGAGACUGCAAAGAGCAGCUCUUCUGUUGAGAAGAACUAUGAAUUACCCGAUGGACAAGUCAUCACAAUUGGUGCCGAAAGAUUCCGUUGCCCUGAGGUUCUCUUCCAGCCAUCUUUGAUCGGAAUGGAAGCUGCUGGUAUUCACGAGACCACCUACAACUCGAUCAUGAAGUGUGAUGUCGAUAUCAGGAAGGACCUUUAUGGUAACAUCGUGCUCAGUGGUGGUUCCACCAUGUUCCCUGGUAUUGCCGACAGGAUGAGCAAGGAAAUUACCGCCCUUGCCCCCAGCAGCAUGAAGAUCAAGGUGGUUGCACCUCCAGAGAGAAAAUACAGUGUCUGGAUCGGAGGAUCGAUCCUUGCAUCUCUCAGCACCUUCCAACAGAUGUGGAUUUCCAAGGGUGAAUAUGACGAGUCUGGCCCGUCCAUUGUCCACAGGAAGUGCUUCUAAGUAUGGAUUUUGUUUGUUUUGAAGGUUGAGUUUCUUUGGUUUUUGGUUUUCUAUUGCCCUUUUAUUUUUCGUGUUAUGUUUCAUGUGAACUAAGUAAGAGUGGCAGACAUUGGGAUAAUACUGGGAAAGCCGAGGGGGAUAAACAGUUAAACACCAUGUUCAUCUCUAAUCCAUCUCUCUGCUUCAUUUGUCGUCGAAUUGCUGCUAGAUAUGUUUGUAGUGGGGAGUGGUUGUGAAGAAGUCGUUUUAUUAUGAAUUCAAACUGUCUGUUUAUCUGUUUGGCAAUAAUUAUGUCAAUGUCUACUUUAUCAGAAGUUAUGUUAGACUCAGUUUGUGGUCAUUUUAUUAUCAUCUAUAAGGAUUCUAUUUAUUGCUCA